GUCGCAUUGGAUUUCAGAUAAUUAAAGGAGAAAGUGCCAAAAAUCAAGAGCUAGCAUUUGAUCAUGCUGACACCCAAUAUUAGUGGUGUACAUUUUCUUUCCAUGAAUUCUUUAUGAUUUGGAUGCUGAAAGAUGAAAAGCAGCAAAUAAACUAUCUGAGCUUUGAUUGGCUGCCAAAGCGACAAAAGGCGCGAAAACGAAAACUGACAGAAAGCUGAGCUACGAUUGGUCGAGACGGGUAAAAGACGGGCGGCCGUCCACAAAGCCGGCCUGCGAUUGGCUGACUCUCACGCUCGCUACCGGUGUGUUUGGAAGACGCCGGCUGGUUCGUGUGCGGCUGCCUGCGACCCACAAGCUCCUCGCACGCUCGCACUGUCUGAUCUCACAUUCAAACGGAACCGGGUCGGCGGGCUGCUGUAGAAGCGAGAAAGUCGGAGGUGACGGACGGCGGACGGCCACCAUGGUUCCCCGGCGGCACAGCGGCAAGGCGGCAGCGACACACAUCAAGCGGCCCAUGAACGCCUUCAUGGUUUGGUCCAAAAUGGAGCGCAGGAAGAUCAUGCAGCAGUCGCCCGAAGUGCACAAUGCCGAGAUCUCCAAGCGGCUCGGGAAGCGAUGGAAGUCUUUGGACAAGUCGGAGAAGGUUCCAUUCAUCCGCGAGGCCGAGCGACUCCGCCUGCAGCACAUGGCCGACCACCCGGGCUACAAGUACCGGCCCAAGAAGAAGAGUAAGACGGGAUCCUCGGCCGCCGGAAAGCAACCGAACCCGAACCGACAAAGCUGCUUCGUGUUCAAGUGGGACUACAGCGACUCGGAUGACGACGAAACUGCCGCGGAACCGGUUGAAGAUACCGCUCGGCUGUUGUGCACGCGCCGGGCGAGCGGAACCUUCUCUCCGGACUCUUCGUCCUCGUCCCAAUCCAGUUCCUCGUGCUGCGGGAACGACCUGGACCGUGACCUGUUCUCCCUCAGCCCCGCCCCCUCGGAACCGGCAAACCUGAGCCUCUCUCUAGUGGACAAGGAUUUGGACAAGGACCUCAGCGGAACCGAGCGGGGGUGCGGGUCCCACUUCGAGUUCCCGGACCACUGCACCCCGGAACUGAGCCGGAUGAUAACCGGAGACUUCUCGGACCUUCUCUUCACUUUCUGAACGGGAAGGGACGAAAAAAAAGUGACGUUUUUAACCACUUUUUCCCUUUUCACUCACACUUGUACUUUUAUUUGCCCCAUUUUCUCAAACAAAAACAAAUGAUUUUGGUGUAUUUUUCAUACAAUGGUUAUAGUUUGACUUUAAAAUGAUGGAAGGUUUUGUGUUGGUCAUGUGACCAAGUUUGAUUUCUGCUCCUCUUUUGUGAAAUUUGGAAGGAAACGCGUGAC